CACGCAGUGUUUGUGCUCCAAGUAGGUCCCUAGUUCCGCCAUGGCGAGCCCGCAUUGGUGCAGGCCGAAGUCGGUGCCGUGCGACUCGCACUCGCCUCCCGAGCAGCCGCUGCAGGUCAAGGUGGUGGGGCUCUUCAAAAGCUCCACUUUUCAGAUUGCGAAGAGCACAGCUGAGAGUCUGAAGAUUAAUUUUCCAUCCAAAUUUGAAGAUCCUAUAAUUGUUCCUCUUCAAGCAUUUGCAUGGGAUCAAUAUCUCCAGGAGAAAAAAAGGGAACUUAAGAAUGAAGUCUGGGAAUAUUCUUCCCAUGUCAUGUGUUUUAUUAAUGAUCAGCUCCUGGGUGAUGCACUUGAUCUUCAGAAAUGGGCCCACAAGGUGUGGGAUAUAGUUGAUUUUAAGCCCCCUGCACUUUAUGAUGCACUGACUGUGGAUUAUUCUGCUAAAUUCUUAAGAGACACGAAGCAUGAUUUUGUGUUCUUGGAUAUUUCUAUUGGUUUUGAUCCAAUUGGAAGAUUGAUUUUUGAGCUAUACUGUGAUGCAUGUCCCAAAACAUGUAAAAAUUUUCAGGUCUUGUGCACAGGAAAAGCAGGGUUUUCUCAAAGUGGCAUCAGGCUCCACUAUGCAGGUUCGAUUUUUCAUCGAGUAGUACAGAAUGGUUGGAUACAAGGAGGAGACAUAGUAGCUGGAAGAGGAGAUGGUGGAGAGUCGAUUUAUGGACCAACAUUUGAAGGAUUCCAGUUGGUAUCUCCCGCGCCCCGCCUUCGCUCCGCGGCGUCCACGCAAGCCGGGGCCUGGGGUCCCUCACGUGACCCUAGCGCGCUCCCGCGGGGGGAGCACAGUCUCGGAGGCGGCGCCGCAGGGGACGGAAGGGACGGGCUGAGAGUUGUACGCUGCAGCUUUCGCCGGAACACCAGCGCGGAGGUCGCGAUGUCUGGGCUCUCCCGCCAGCUGCUUUGGGCCGCCGCCUGCCUGGCCGCGCUCUGUGUGCUGACCGCAGCUCAGAACGCCUCCGUGGUCCCGAACGUGACUUCAGCGGCCCCCAAUACGACAGUCCCGACGCCGUUGACGACUCUCGGGCCGGUCACCACUCCACCACCAGAAACUUGUGAAAACCGCAACAGCUGUGUUUCCUGUGUUAAUGCUAGCAUUGGUACUGCUAAUACUACCUGCUUUUGGAUGGAAUGUAAAGAAGGUAAAAGCUACUGUUCACAUAAUUCAACAGCAGCUAGUUGCCAGUUGGUGAACAGCACAGAUUCCUGUUCUGGAUCCAUGAAACUUAUCAUUAUUUCUUCUAUCUUAACAGGUACAACUAAUACCACUUUAAGUCCAACUUCACAACCUAUGCGGAAGUCUACCUUUGAUGCAGCCAGUUUCAUUGGAGGAAUUGUCCUUGUCUUGGGUGUGCAGGCAGUAAUUUUCUUUCUCUAUAAAUUCUGCAAAUCAAAAGAACGAAACUACCACACUCUGUAAACAGACCCAUUAAAUUAACAAGGACUGGCGUAUAACUCACUGAAACCAAAAUGCUAUCUUUCAAGAUGUCCCACAUGGAAGACGCUAUUCCAGGAUCUUUAAAUUUUCAAAGGAUGCAUAUAGGAUAUUUUGGAGCAUCAUCCUUGAAGAAAAAUCAGUUAAAUCAUUUUGCUCAACAGGAAUAUUUAAAUUACUCUGCAUGAAUCCUUGUGGCUGUCUUCUUUUAUUUUAAAUGGCUGCUGCUGUGGGAUUAUGUUCUUUUUUGUUGACAUGCCAAAUGUAACUAUAAGUGAUGGAAAACAUUGUCCUGCACAGAAAACCUCACGACUCUUUUGGCAGUUUAAAUUUAGUCAUUUUAAAGCCUGAAAGCUGCAUUAUUUUCAUCCUAACUCAGGAUGUAGUUUAGUGACCAUAAUUGAGAAGAAUGUGCCAAAUGAGCAUCAAUUAGAUGGAUUUGGGGCUAUCAUUUCAAAAGUGGAAUAAAUUUUUAAAUUUACUAUCCUAAGAGUAAACUAUAUCCUUAGAGUAAAAUAUUGUGCUUGAUAACAGUUAUUUUUUUCUACAUUAGAAAUAAGAUGCCACACAGGGAAUUACAUUCCAGAUUUAAAGAAAUGAAAGGAUACAAACUGUUCAAGUAUAGCAGGUUAUUGUUAAUACUUGUAAAGCACCUUAUAUCAUUGAGAAAAUAAAGAACAGUGCCUUAAAAGACAGACUGAAAGGUACACUGUAACUUAAAAUGUUUGAUUUGUCGUUUUACAUUUAGGAAGGUAAAAGUUUGGUCUGAGGAUGUAACUGUUGAUGUGAGCAGUGGUAAACUUGCUUUUAGAUAACAAACUGUUAAUAUUUAAUUGAAAACUUACCUAUUUUAUUUUAGACCUGAGUAACUUAAGCUAAAGGAUGUUAAAAAAGUUGAAAGCCUUCGGAUUUUGAACCUCCCAACAAUUUUCUUACGGCUGUUAAAAAAAAAAAAAAGAUAAAAUUGGUUUAAUUAUAUCUUCCCUUGUACUUCAAAAAUAACCCUAACACUGUUGUACCUCAAAAGGAUUUCUGCCACGCUUUCUUGAAAAGUAACUUCUUUCAUGAGGCAAGAAGGAAAUAAGUUGUUUUAGAAUCAUUUACUCACUGUUGAAGUGAGACAGUCAUUUUAAGUUUUGAGACUGUAAAUGUGACCAAUGUAAUUUCAGGAAACUUAAGGAUUUUUGGUUGAUCAGAUUACGGUAGAUGUUUAAUGAUGAUAGAUUGCCCUGGAUAGACAGAUUGUACUUUUCUCUUUUUCUUUCUCCUCUCCCAUCCUUUCUUCUUAGUUUCAAUUCUCGUAGUAUAAUAAGCACGCGUCCUUUUAUUUUGUUAGUUUACCUAGUUUUAGAGGGGUACUUCUUGCCUUUGACACAUUGGAGUAGUUUCAGAGGCUUAAAUUAGUUUAAAAUGAGCCCUUGCUUUUCUAGAUCAAUAAAGUUUUUUCGUUUUGUUUUAGUUUCUUUAGCCUAUAGUGGCUGAGUUUAGCCCUUUGUUUUCAAUAUUAUAAUAGGUAAUGACAGGUUGCUUCAGUCAAUUUCAUAAGCCAAAAAUUCCUUGCAUUUAGAUAAUUAAAGGUUCUCAAAAUGAAGAUUUACUGUUUUUUUGGUUACUUGCUGGUACAGCUCAAGUUUGUUUUACUUGCACAUUUGUACAUACACCUAAUGUUUUCAAGUGCCUUAAUUGUUUAAAAUCUCUGGCUUCAAAGGUUUUUGGGAAAAGGUCGGUUUACUUCACAUUUUUGUGUUUUCUUGAGUAGUAAUCUAGGUACCUCACAAAAAAUUUUUAUUACGGUGCCAUGGCUGUUAGAUUUUAGUGAGUGCUAUUAACAUACAAGAUUCAUUUGAAAGUAUGCAGAAUUUCAUUCCUCCCAAAAUGGCAAAAAUUAACUACAGGGGCAUAAUUGUCAUUUACCUAAAUGUGAAUACUUUGUCACAAGUUAAUGUCAACACAGCAAUUUUUGUGAAAAUGUAGCUGAUGAAGCCUCAUCUUCUGUAAUUUUGAAUACUAUUUAACGACAAAAUCAUGUGAAACUAGUUAGAUUUUGUGAGAAGAGCUCUUACAACAGAACUCACGGCCUUCCCUCCCUUUCCUUUAGCUGUUUAUUAUCUGGAGCCAUUAAUAAUUUUUGGGUUUUUUUAAUCCAGAAGGUAUAUAGAAACCUUUUCAGAUUUUUCAUCUGAUUUGUUCAUGCAGAUGUAGCUCUAUCAAAAUACCUUAUUUUACCUUAAGAUAUUUGUUGCACAGGCAGACACUGCUGUAUUUAGAAAUUUCUAUUUCAGUUCAUUAAAAACUGCAAAACCAAUCUGUAUCAUGUAUCACUGAUUUAAAAUAAAUCUACAUGUUUAUUGAA